CUUCUCCUUGUUUAUGCUCUUCCGGAAACCAUUCUUAAACCCCGCCAACCUAUUGUUUCCUGCGACACGAUUUCUUCUUCUAAUCAAGAGCUUGCUGCUGUAUUUCCUUCCUCCUUUGUCCGCGGUUUACUGCUGUGUGGUUGUGAUUCUUUCGAGUUUUCUGUUUCCAUAGUUUCCUCUUCAAUUCUGUCAAUUUCUAUAACCACCAGACCUGAUUUCUCUUGCUGGAAAUUCUGGUAAUGAGACUAGAGACGUUGGGGAUCAAGCCUCAUCAGCAAAUAGGAUUCUUCCCUCGACUCCUAUACUCCUCUUUGGUCCAGUCAACCUGUGAACACUUGAAAGCUUCAGAGAGAAGUCUCAACUCUGUACAACACCGUACUUACACUCAUUGUCAUUGUCAUCCAUGGCUGGUUUCAUCAUCAAGGUCACCGUUUGUGUUGGUGCAGGUAUUCUUGGCUCAAUGAUUGCAAAAGAAGGGGGUCUGUCUGAUCUUGUCAAUGGUGCUGCAAAGAUGAUUUUUAAGCAACUUAAACAAGAUAGUUCUCCUUCAUCGGUUAAGAAGCCUGUCAAUGAAGCUCUGUUGGCUCAGGUUAAUAGCCUAAGGCAGGAGCUGGAAAUAUUGGCAUCAAACAGAUCAGUUACCAUCAUAACUGCAGGCGGAACAGGUACCCGAAGAUUUGGCAUAAUUAUUGUUGUUGGAGUAGUUGGAUAUGGCUACAUCUGGUGGAAGGGGUGGAAACUCCCUGACAUGAUGUUUGCAACUAGACGAGGUUUAUCUGAUGCAUGUAAUGUGAUAGCCAAAGAGCUUGAGAACGUUUACUCAUCAAUAUCGGUCACCAGGCGGAAGUUGUCUUCAGACAUUGGUCGCUUGGAUAAUCGUUUGGGUGAAAUUGCAAAUAUUACAGCUGCUACUCAGGAUGAGGUUUCUAAGGUUCAUGAUAAAUCAAACCUGAUAAACAAUGAUGUUCAUUCUGUUCGUUCUGCAGUCAAAAACUUGGAAAGCAAGAUUAAUAGACUUGAAUUGAAGCAGGAUAAUUCAAUUAAAGGAAUAGUCAAGGUGUGUAUUGCUGCUCAGAGCUUGGAACAUCAUAGAUCCACAGAUCCAAUUCAGGCUUUGCCAUCCAACUCUUCCAGGCUAGCUCUUGAACCUCCAUCUAUAACACCAUCAAGGACUGAGUCAUUGCCUGCUGUUCUACCUCCACUUGAUGAUUCUAAUGGGUCUCCCAAGGUUCAGCAAUCCCCAAGACAUGCUGUCUCGGCCUUAGGCCUAAAGGAAGUUGGCGAAUCAUCAACUGGUCCUGAGGCUGCCAAUGCCAUUCAUGUUCCAGAAAAUAAAAGUAACGGGUCUUCAGGUUCUGGUCUAUCAGGGGUGUUUUCUGGUGGGAGCGCUCCAUUUCUAUUAAGAACAUACAGUGCUACACGUGCAGUGCAACAAAUGCGCGCAAGUAGGCAUCAAUCCUGAGGAUCGUGCUUUUAAAACUACGUUGUAAUUCUAUAUAUUAUAUUAUAAUUUUUUUUUUUUAAAGAAUAAAGUACGUAAAAAUAGACACUUUUGUGACAGAUGGUUUUAUAUCCCAUGGUAAAGUAUAUCUCUGAGCCUUAGGGUCGAGGUUCAAAUUUUUUCUUUCAAAAUUGUAAUAUGUUAAAAAAAAAAGGGGGUAAAAAUAGAAUUUAUUUUAAAAU